GGGAGCAUCGCGAGCCACCUAUACGAGAGGCUUGGCAACACGAUAUUGCGUGAUUCUUAUUGCAACCACUGACUCGAAGAGGGGGUGAUCGACCACGGUGGUUACACAUGAAUCCGCAGCGCUUUGCAGCUGUUUGUCCGGGAUUUUAAGGUGUUUGCGGACGAAUUGGGGAUCCGACGUCAGCGACCGAGCAAGUGAUGCUUCCUCGCAUAAGGCGCACGCGUGUGAUGAGGGGAUCAGCGGACGCGGCUGGAGGGUGCGCGCUACUGUUGCACCGCCUCAACGGAUAACCGCUAUCUCAUCCUCUCUGGUCUUUCCCGGGUUUCUCUCCACUGACUAACGGAAUUACCGGACAGAGAUUUUCUUCUUUUUUUUUUUAUCCUCCUCAACCCCCCCUAUUUUUGUUUUCUUUUUUUUAGGGGGGGUGCGGGAUUCCAAAAAUGGAUGAAAGCCCUGAGCAUGCGUGGAGCGUUUAUCAUUUAUUGUGAAUACUCCCUGUAAGCGCACAGCUUUUUUUCACACCAGGAGAGGCAAUGCGCCCACCCAUGCGAUGCUAGCCUAUUAGCUGGGGCGAGAGAGAGAGAGAGAGAGGGAGAGAGAGAGAGAGAGAGAGAGAGAGACGGGAGGGGGGUUCAGUCGUGGAUUCAAGAGAAGACUAAUUUGCGAGUCUUGCUUUGCCUUUCAGGAAAGCGAAGAGGCGGAGGGAGGUUGGUAAAGGAGAAUACAGCAGUCACAUUUUUUAAGAAUGCAGGAGAAGCGGGCCAUUUCCGGUUCCUAGCCUGGUGUGCGAGAGUGUGUGCGCGUGUGUGUGCGUGCGCGUGUGCGUGCGUGUGUGUGUGAGCGCGUGUUAGUGUGUUAUUGAGUUUGUGCCCCCCAUCCGAGGCCAGCGGCCGUAUGGGGAAAGCGGCGGCGCACACAGAUGGCAUGGACACUUCCACAAGGUCUGCCGCGCUGCCUCUGCCCUGCCUCCCCUGCCGGAGCUCGUUCGCCGCCGCCUCUCUCUUGCAGCUCCCUCCGCCGCCCAGAAGCACUGCACCACAGCACAGGCUGACGGUAUGAGGCUUGAUCCAGUGCAUUUCUCCAUGCUAGUCAUCGGGGUCUCGUUCGCCUGUUACGCCCCGAGUCUCAACUCCCUCCAGGACCAAGCGUACCGAUCAGCUGUGGUCAUUGAGGGCGAGGUGCGCUCCUCCCCGGAGAACGUCUCCUCCCGGGAGCCCUACAGUGUGAAUGUCAAAGUGCUGGACGUGUGGCCCGUCAACAGCGGCGGCCUCGAGAGAGAGCAGCUCGUCACCGUCGGGGACUUUAGUUCCGAGGCCCCAUGCACCACGGUGGAGAAGGACCACAGAUAUAUCUUUUUCAUGGACCCGACCGGGGAGCCCGACGUGUUCAAGGCGUCGUACGCCCCCGUGGACGCCAGUGAGCCGGAGCUCAAGAAGGAUGUGGAGCGAGUGUUGUGCGAGGACUGCGCCUCUGUUCCUAAACUACGACUGAUGCCAGGCCAGUCUCUGAUGGAAGGGGAUAAACUGUACUUGAAGUGUGAAGCGUCAGGGAAUCCAAGCCCUUCUUUCCGCUGGUACAAAGAUGGACAUGAGCUUCAGCGAGCCAGAGACCUCAGAAUAAAAAACAACAAAAAAAACUCCAAGGUGCUGAUUAGUCGAGUGCGUGUGGAAGACUCUGGAAACUACACCUGUGUGGCUGAAAACUCAGUUGGACAAGAAAACGUCACAAGUAUUAUCAGCGUGCACAUCUUAACCACUACCACCUUGUCCCUGGGUGUGAGUCAUGUGAGGCAUUGCAAUGACACGGAAAAGGCCUACUGCAUCAACGGUGGAGACUGUUACUUCAUACAUGGUAUUAACCAGCUUUCUUGCAAGUGUCCCAAUGACUAUACGGGGGACCGUUGUGAAAACUCCGUCAUGGCCGGUUUCUACAAGCUUCUCAGAAUUGAAUUUAUGGAGGCCGAGGAGCUGUACCAAAGGCGGGUGCUGACGAUCACAGGAAUCUGUGUGGCCUUGUUGGUGGUUGGCAUUGUUUGUGUGGUGGCCUACUGCAAAACCAAGAAGCACAGGAACAGGAUGCAACAUCACCUCCAUCAAAACCAGAAUCAAUGUGUGGAACAACCCAACCGCAUGCUGGCCAACGGGCCCAACCACCCCGGGCCUGGUCCCGAGGAAAUUCCCAUGGUUGAUGUGAGUCCAAACAGUAGAAACAUACAACAGAGGCAGGUACAGUACAUCUCCAAGAGUCUCCCUACCACAGAAUGUGUCAUCAGCCACGGAGCUGAAUGUGCUGGCAACUAUGCAGGCAGCAGAAUGUCUACCCGCUCACAUCACUCGACCACUGCCUCACAUGCAUCCAGACAUGAGGAGCAGACAUGGAGCAUGGAGCGAACAGACAGCAUGAAUUCAGACUGCCAGUCAGGUGGCCUGUCCAGCUCUGUUGGAACCAGUAAAUGCAGUAGUCCAGCUUGUAUGGCAAGGAGAGCCCACUGGGGCUGUACUGAUGUUUCCAGUCCGGGAAUGCAGUUUGGAGAUUCCUAUGACUCACUAAGAGAUUCACCUCACAGUGACAGGUAUGUGUCCGCGCUGACCACGCCAGCUCGCUUGUCUCCGGUGGAGUUCCACUACCCGCUGCUGCCGCCCCAGGUUCCUACCUUCCACAUCACAUCACCCAACGCAAGGCACGCCCUCUCCCUACCACCUGCCACUGCAGCCUACCACAGAGAUGAUGACCAGCCGCUGCUAAGAUGCCCUGAUGAUCACAGUUUGUACAGGCAGCCUCGACGACCGCGUCGACCCUACCUGACGGAGAGCACAGGAAGUCUCCCAUCCAGUCCCUACCGUCUGCCUGAUGAAGAGGCAUAUGAAACCACGCAGGAGUACGCCUCCUCAAGGGAGCCUAUCAGGAGUCGACGGCGCCCGCGACGCAACCGACUCAAUGGACACUUAUCUCAGAGGUCAGCGGGCCUACGGGACUACAGGUCACAGAGCUUCAGCCAAUCAGAGGAGGAAGAGGAAGAGGAAGAAGACGAAGGUCAAGGGGAGCACACCCCUUUCCUCAGUAUGCAGAACAUGAACAUGGACCUGCCUUUAACCGUGCCAGGUUUCCACUCAUCGUCAGGGGCCGACGCACGGACUCACAGCAGGCUGAGUCGGCCGGGGAAUCGGAGCAACGGGCAGAGUCGCAGCGCACAGUCGCAGCGCUUCAAGUCAGACAACAUGCCCCUUUAAGACUGCACCCCCACCCCCCAACCCCCACCCAUGCAGACUUGCCCUCCCAUGCCACACACACACCACUCCACCUCGCACACACCUCUUCCUUCUUCUGGACUAGAGACAUGCACCAAGGAGAAAUAUUUUUAUUUUGUAUAACAGACAGAUAUUGUAAACAAAUGAAAUAUUUAUUUUGAUUUCAGCAAAAAUUGUCUACUAGCUAACAGCAAAGACUUUUUUUAUAAUGGGGGGAAAUAUUUAUAUGUAAAGGUUUUUUGAUUUACAGCAGUAUGAGAGACGAAAAAGUGAGAAUUACGUGCCAAUUUUUUCACAAGUUAGAUAAAUAGAAUAAUAUUGUGGUGCCUUUUGCUGUAUGCUCAAGUCGGAGGUCCCAUUGAGUUUUGUAGCCUUUCUUAUAAAGACUUCUCAUUUUUAUAGAGACCGAUCCUCUUCCUUACUUUAGCUUUUUUUUUCUUUCUCUGAUUUGGGAUCCUCCUCUUUUUGAACUGUGAUCUGAUUAUGUCAUCAUGCAAUAUUGAGUCUUUCUGUGUAAAAGUUGUCUGUUUACAUAUUGAUUCACGCAACGCACUCGUCUCACAGACGCAUUUGGGUCGUUUUGUCACUCGGAUGAAUAUGCAUCAUUCAUUUACAUCUCUGCUCACUGCCCGAUUUUUUUGUCCUGUGAGAAGUGGAAUUGUGACUGGCGAUGCGACAUCACAUUCUGAUGUACGUGAUCAGGGUUUUGAGAGUGUGUCCACAGUAUGUGUGAGAGCCUCAUUAAGCCUCAUGUGGGUGGUGUCUUGUUUUACUAGCACGUUCCUUUCAACGAUCUUCGCGCUGCCAGAAGCUCCAUUGCACUGACCCUUCCCACGUGAGCAGUCUUUGGCCUCCCGAAACCCACCUGUUGAAAUCCAGCCUGACUCUGGCCUCCUGUGGACUGCCAAGGCCACAUAUUUCCUAUGCCAGCAGCUUAGAGCCGCACUGUGUCUCAGGACUUCCCCAUCACAUCACAGCCAAAAGACUUGAGCGGUGAGCGCUCGUCAUCUCGACAACCUCUGUUCGCAGGCCAGAAUCACCCCCCCCCCCAGCCCCACCCACCCUCACUCCCCUUGACCAAGUCUGAUGCGUUCAGGUGAGGGGUGCGAUUAAGAACGUGUGCGAAGAAAAUGGAAGAGAGAUUCGCUGUUCUUUUUGAACAUCAAGAGGUUAGUGCUGUGUGAAAGUAGUCACGCAUGUUGCAAAUGAGUCUACAUCUGUUCACAUCUGACGCCGGGGCGUAGCACAGAAUUUCGUGCACCCCAUGCUCACUCUGGGUUCGUUUCUUUUAGUGCUACUGUAAUGUUUGUGACACUCUGAGAAAAGUCAUCACAUUUCACUGCUCUCAUGGGAAAGAAAAUUAUUCAAAUGAAGGCAGGGCUGGCUCAAGGCCAAUCGCUGGUGUAACACUUAUUACUGCAUCCUGCCUUGAUAUGUAUCUCAAUACUUUUAUUGUUAAACUUAUGUUGUUUGGUCACCUUGACUGAAUGCUCUGUUCUACGUUUGUCUCCGCCUACGCCUUUCGUGUCUUUCUUUAGCCCUUUGAGACCUUCUGAAACAUUGGUGAAUCAAGGCCCCAUCCUCUGCACACUACAGUAUUAUACGUAGUAGCGGUGACACCAGAAACCCGUAGAUUUCAGAUAUGUACAGUGCAUUGGGUCUAGAGAGCCUUCCAGGUUCAAUGUAUCAAAUACAAUAAUCUUCACACUUUAUUAUUUUCACACAGGAGAUGCAUGGCUCACGGUAAAAAAAGAAAAGAAAAAAAAAGUAUAUUUAAAAAGAGAAAACCCUUCAAACCAGGGGUACAGUUAGAAUGAUUUCAACAAAACACAUUAUUUGGCUUCUUGGCUCUGAGAUAUGCCUAGUUUUGUCUUAUUAUCACUCGAAUCAAUCUGGGACUUGCAAUGCGGAAAUACUGUGAGGGUAGUGUGCUUUUAGAGCUAGUUGAAUUGUAAACACUCCCACCCUCUUUCUCCUCACCCUUUAGCCCUCCAACCUGGACAUACAUGCAACACACAUUUCAUACACAACUAAGCACAUACACUUACAUAUAUAAGUACAUACAUGAUCACACCUGCAACGCCCUUCCAUAUCUGUGUAUGCGGCGCGGUUUGGCUCUAUCAUGUAUUUUUUUUUUAAACAAAUUCCCUUUCUUCUCCUCCCCCCUGCAUGUCCUAGUGGUACUGGUAGUUGGGUGCAUGGAUUAAGCAGUCAGCAAACUGUUUCUUUUUUUUCCACUUGGUGAAAAAAAAUUAAUGUGUAUUCAUUUUAACAUUCAGCAAUAAAUCCCCUUAUCUUCAAGUCCA